CUUUCUAACCCCGGCUAGGCAAGAUGGCUCCCGCAAAGAAGGGUGGCGGGAAGAAGAAGGGCUGGUCCGCCAUCAUCGAGGUGGUGACCAGAGAAUACACCAUCAACAUUCACAAGCGCAUCCAUGGAGUGUGUUUCAAGAAGCGUGCCCCUCGGGCACUCAAAAAAAUACGGAAAUUUGCCAUGGAGGAGAUGGGAACUCCAGAUGUACGCAUUGACACCAGGCUCAACAAAGCUGUCUGAGCCAAAGGAAUAAGGAAUGUCCCAUAACGUGUCCGUGUGCGGUUGUCCAGAAAACGGAAUGAAGAUGAAGAUUCACCAAACAAGCUCUGUACGUUGGUUACCUAUGUACCUGUCACCACUUUCAAAAAUCUACAGACAGUUAAUGUGGAUGACAACUAACUGCUGAUUCUCCAACAAAGUUACAGAGCUGC